AUGAAGCGCGGGCCGCGGGCCGCCCUGGCCCUGGGGCUGCUGCGCUUCUGCCUGGCCCAGGCCAACUUUGCCCCCCACUUUUUUGACAAUGGGUUGGGCAGCACCAGUGGAAACAUGGCCCUUUUCAGCCUCCCGGAAGACACGCCUGUAGGCUCUCACGUAUACACCUUGAAUGGAACAGAUCCUGAGGGAGAUCCCCUCUCCUACCACAUCAGCUUUGACCCCGGCACUAGAAACAUCUUUUCUGUUGACCCCAAUUUUGGAAACAUCACUCUGGUAGAGGAGUUGGACAGAGAGAGAGAGGAUGAGAUUGAAGCCAUCAUCAGCAUUUCUGACGGCCUGAACCUGGUGGCAGAAAAAGUUGUGAUCCUGGUGACUGAUGCUAAUGAUGAGGCACCCAGCUUCAUCCAGCAGCCUUAUGUCAUCCUGGUUCCAGAGGACACCCCUUCUGGAAGCAGCAUCUUUAAGGUUCAUGCAGUGGACAAGGACACAGGCUCUGGAGGAAGUGUCACCUAUUUUCUGCAGAACCUGCACUCUACCUACUUUGCCAUGGACCGCCAUAGUGGUGUUCUGCGUCUCCAGCCGGGGGCCACGCUGGACUAUGAGAAGUCACGGGCCCACUUUGUCACUGUGGUUGCCAAGGAUGGUGGAGGCAAGCUUCGAGGGGCCCACGUGGCAUUCUCAGCUACGGCCACUGUCACGGUGAAUGUGGAGGAUGUACAGGAUACAGCCCCAGUUUUUGUGGGCACACCCUACUAUGGCUAUGUGUAUGAGGACACACUUCUGGGCUCAGAGGUGCUGACUGUAGUUGCCAUUGAUGGAGAUCGGGGCAAACCCAACCACCUCCUCUACAACCUCAUGAAUGGGAGUGAUGGAGCCUUUGAAAUCAAUGAGACAUCUGGAGUCAUCUCUGUGAUGCAGAGCCCUGCCCAGCUCCGGAGAGAGGUGUAUGAGCUGCAUGUACAGGUGACAGAAGUCAGCUCUCCAGGAAGCCUAGCUGCCCAGGCCAUGACUCCAGUCACCAUCAGGAUAGUGGACCUCAACAACCACCCACCAACGUUCUACGGAGAGAGCGGGCCCCAGAACAGGUUUGAGCUGUCCAUGUAUGAGCAUCCACCGCAGGGGGAGAUUCUACGAGGUCUGAAGAUCACGGUCAAUGAUUCUGACCAGGGAGCCAAUGCCAAAUUCAACUUGCGGCUGGUGGGACCCGGAGGCAUCUUCCGUGUGGUCCCGCAGACUGUUCUGAAUGAAGCCCAGGUCACCAUUAUUGUGGAGAACUCUGCUGCUAUUGACUUUGAAAAGUCCAAGGUGUUAACUUUCAAGCUCCUGGCUAUUGAAGUGAAUACCCCGGAGAAGUUCAGCUCCACUGCAGACAUUGUGAUCCAGCUCCUGGACACCAACGACAAUGUCCCCAAGUUCACUUCCCACUACUACAUUGCCAGAAUCCCUGAGAACGCCCCAGGAGGCUCCAAUGUGGUGGCUGUCACAGCUGUGGAUCCAGACACAGGACCUUGGGGCAAAGUCAAAUACUCCAUCUAUGGAACUGGAUCAGAUCUCUUCCUCAUCCACCCGUCCUCCGGACUUAUCUACACCCAGCCCUGGGCCAGCCUGGAUGCUGAGGCUACAUCGAGGUACAACUUUUAUGUGAAGGCGGAGGACAUGGAGGGCAGGUACAGCCUGGCUGAGGUGUUUGUCACCCUUCUCGAUGUCAAUGACCACUACCCCCAGUUUGGAAAGAGCAUCCAAGAAAGGACCAUGGUGUUGGGGACCCCAGUAAGAAUUGAGGCAACAGACCAGGAUGCAGAGGAACCCAACAACCUAGUAGACUACUCCAUCACCCGAGCAGAGCCAGUCAAUGUGUUCAACAUCGACGCUCAUACAGGGGAGAUCUCGCUCAAGAACUUCAUCCGCUCUCUCGAUGCCCUUCACAACAUCACGCCCCACAGAGACUGCACAUGGUCUGUAGAGGUGCAGGCUAAGGACCGAGGCUCUCCAUCCUUCAGCACCACGGCCUUACUCAAGAUUGACAUCACGGACACUGAGACACUGUCCCGAGACUCCAUGGCUGCCUUCCUGAUAGAGACCAAAGACAACCCCAUGAAGGCUGUGGGUGUGUUGGCUGGCAUCAUGGCUGUUGUGGUGGCCAUAACUGUCCUCAUCUCCACUGCCACCUUCUGGCGCAACAAGAAGUCCAACAAGGUCCUACCAGUGCGUCGCAUGCUCCGAAGAAGGCCCAGUCCUGCACCCCGCGCAGUCCGUGUUGAGUGGCUCAAGUUCAGGAGGGCUAAGGCUGCUACCAAGUUCAUUCUCAAAGAGGAUCCUCCCACCGAGAACUACAACAACAGUGCAAGAAGCUCACUGCCUCCCAGGGCUCCCACUCUCCCCCCAGCCCCUAGGAUGGCACCCAGCACAGCUGCCCACUGGACCGUGCCUACGGUCUCGGGAUCCCUUACCCCCAAGCAACCCCAGCUGUCAUCCAAACCCAAGGACUUGGGAGCACCCAUCCAGUCUACCCUGGUGUCUGAGCUCAAGCAGAAGUUUGAGAAGAAGAAUGCUGACAAGUCUUCCUUCUAG